CACAAAGGCUGAGAUUAAAAUCGAAGUUGGAUUGCUCCUAAAAACAAGAGGAAAACUUUACGGUUUCUGUUUCCAAAGCUACGAGGCUCAACUUGAAAGAAAAGUUUGUGCUUUCUUUGCGAAUCGUUGGUCAGUAUCACUUUGAAGUAUGACGUCUGGGUUGAGUUUUCUGCUUCUGAGUUUCGCUCAUAAUACUUUUGCAUCAACUUUGGUCCUUUCUCCAACAUUAACGAAAGCGCAAAAUUGGGAGUCUCUGGAACAAGAACAGAAUGUUCCAUUGGUCUGCGUGUUGAAAUGCAGAUCAACCAAUUGUCCAGGAGUGGCCUUCGAUCCAGAGGAAGGGAUGUGUCUUUACGGGAGUUACCAUUCCAAUCCAUCUAAUGCCGGAGAAAGCUUUGUAGAAGUCUGGAUGGUGGAAUCGGCGGAAAAGUACGAGGUCAAGGAGAAUUCCCAAUCAGUACUUUUGCCUCGUAACUAUUGUCAAUUCUAUCCAGAUUGGGUGAAAAAAUCAAAUGGGAAGGCCUACAAGUUCUCAUCUCAAGCAAAGACAUGGCAAGAGUGUCAAACUCAUUGCCACGCCCAAGGUGGACAAAUGAUAGUGGUAACAACGAAGGAGGAAGAGAACAUCUUAUUCGAGCUGUCCGGCUACCACGAGACUUGGAUCGGUUUGACCAAUCCCUACGGAAUAGUGUGUUAUGAUGACACUUGUGAUGGUCAAACGAUAUGGAAUGAUGGGACGAGAUUUAGAUAUGACACAGCCAUAUACUCCAAACGUUUCGAGUUCAAUGAAGGCAGCUAUUGUAUUCGAACUCGGAGCUCCGAAUACAACGAUAGACACUGUCAGAUAGGAAUGGCAACAUUAUGCGAAAUCACAUGCUUUUAGAUUUAGUGGCGGAUCUGCGUUGUGGGAUGAAUGAAUUUGACCAAGGACCCGGAGAAUGUAAACCCACAGGCUAAGGACGCGAAUCGUUAUCUUCUCUCUUAGUCAAUCAACGUUGUGGGUCACUCCAUGAUCAACCCAUUGGGUUCCCAAAAAAACGUGUUUUAAAUUUCAGCUCAAUCGAACACCUAGGUAAUGAAAAGGUCAAGAAAAGCCACUGCAUAAACGUACAAAAAAUGGAUGAGUUAGUCCUCUAGUAAAAGUUAAACCAAAGGAAUAAUCUAUGUUUCUCAUACUGGGGGUCUCAUUUUGAAGACUUUACAGGGUACAUGAUUUGCCCCUCGCAGAGACGAAUAGUGAAACCUCAAUAAAGAUUAAACUGUAGUGAUUGUGUAAAAACAGAGAGAUGUGAAACUAAUCAACUUUUCCACCAGAUCAAACUUAAUAAACGGCUAUCCUAAUCAUUUCUAAACUUGCUUACAUUUGAAUCAUUUGUUGGGGAAGAUAAUUUUUGGUUUUUGCCUGUUUUUCAGAACAAGUCUAUGUAUUACACUGUGGAAUUUUCCUUUCAUUGCCAAUUUCCAUGAUUAUGAAAAUUGAUAACUUUCGUCUGAAUCAAAUAUUACGUCGAAAAAUAACACUAAUUAUUCCAUAACGAUGACCAAGAAUGUCUUUUAAAUUAUCUUUUUCUACGAAAGAAGUAUCUUUUACCGAAAUGAAAAAACCUUCCCACCAAGCCUUUGAUUUCUGCGAUCUUGCAUUUGAAGAAAUGAAUGGAAAUAAACGAACAAAAAGAUCAAAAAAAGGUAUUCAAAACUUAGAUGUGGGACAUGAGUCAACUCUAUCAAUAAGUCAACCACAACGGUUUUUGGACUCCUUUUUAACCUUUUUAUGUGACAC